AUGUCGAAGGUCUCGACGAGAUCUAUAGGAGUUAGAGCCUAUGACGCUGAUGUACGCACUUUUAGGCCUUUCUGGCAUGUUUUGAAGGCGAAAUGGUCCUCCGAAGAUUCCCCACAGCACUUUCUGGAUCAGCUGUACUUGAUUGUUCUAAGGUUUUACUUGGUUGCACGUAUGGAUACUGUUGAAGUGGGUUACUACAAUGGAAAAUGUACUAACAGCAGUGCAAAUGUGGAGACCAUCGUAAAAAAUUCCAUGACCACAGAAUUUGCGAAAGACAUAACGGUUGUGCCAGCACUCAUACGGUUGCAAUUCCAUGAUUGUUUCGUCCGGGGAUGUGAUGCUUCGAUACUAUUAGAUGGCAAUUCAACAGAGAAGAACACAACUUCAAACCUAACUCUGAGAGGUUACGAUGUCAUUGAUGAUAUAAAAUCAGCUGUCGAGAGUCAAUGUGGCAGAGGGAUUGUCUCUUGUGCUGAUAUCAUUAUCAUGGCUACUAGAGAAGCUGUUGUCUUGGGUGGAGGACAGUUCUAG